AUGCCAGGCCAACCACCUCUACCAGCCACUGUCGAGGAUUGGGACGAGAGCGCGCACGACAUCGUACCCGACUCGCAACAAGUGGCUAAUACUGGUGCAAAAGUUUCUUCCAGGUUGGAUCAUAGAUUCCCGGAGCCACCACUGAUCGACGGCGCGAGUGACUCAGGUUAUUCUAGUCGCACCGCCGCCACCGUCAACAGCACCCAAUCUGGGCCGUCGGGCGGGAAGAGCCCCCCAACCGUGAUUAAGCAAGCCGCGCCCAAACGUACCGAUCUCACCAGAAAAUCUUCCCGACGAGACCGCAAAGACAAGGAGCGUGCUACCCGCCCGGACGAUACAAUGCAAAUGGGUGCCUAUCCCCCUGGCUACCAUCAGCCUCAUCGCACCUCUCGGUCGCCGUCCAAACCUCGCCGACGAGACUCUUAUCUUCCACCACAUCCAGAUCUCUACUACGAAGGAAACAAUACGCAGUACCACCCUUCGACUCCGGUCGACCCACGAACCAUGGAACUCCCACCCCACCCAUCCUACUACCCGAGGCCUCCAAUGCCGGACUAUGGCCCACAACCACCCGCUAGAUAUCCCACGGAGGAAUACCAUACCAGCCGCCCAGGGCGUCCUCACUCCAGCACCUAUGGAAUGUAUCAUCAUGAUCGAUCCGUGGCCUGGCCAGUUGCGGCACCACCGCCGCGAGGAUAUGGACCACCACCGCAGCAGCACCAAUAUCCCCACUAUGAGUCGCAUGCCCCUCCACCAGUAUCGUCGGCUUGGCAUCAAGGAUCGUACGGAUCAUCUCCAUAUGGUCCUCAACAUAACUUCCCACAGCAGUCAUCAGAGUACUAUCCUCCGGAAUAUAUGCAUCAGUCGCGCGAGCGAUCUGAGUCUCGUGAGCCAUCUCGGCCUCGACGAGGCUCAGUGUAUGGUGGCGCCCCACCUUCCGUGGAUACCGAUUACUUUCCGGAUUAUGAUGACGAGCCACCAGAGCAAUACUACGCUCGCCAGCCUCAUGAUAAACCCCGUGGCCGUGGAACAAUAAAACCCACCCAGGAUUAUUUUGAUGACGAUCCCGCCAAGUUGAUGCCCCCACCUCCACCGCCUGCCCCAAGCCGCCGACACGCGCCUCAAAUCCACCAGGAGCCCAGGCGACCUGAUGCUCCCCGGAAGACUCACUCAGCUGCCGCUGCCGCUCCCUCUCAACGCCGUCAUUCCAGAGCCCUGGACAACUUCGGCGACAUGAGAGACAGCCUGGCCGAGAUCGACUACCCCAGCUCCCGCCGGGUGUCGUCAAGGGAAGUAGCCGCUCUGCCGGAGCGCAGCCACAGUCAAAGUCUUCGCAGUAGCGGACGCUCCCAAUCGUACCAUGAGAAUACCCGCGGUGCCCGGAUAGCAGUGGAAAAUAACAGGCGGCGACGCCCUACCAGCUACUACAUGGAUGACCGUCCCGAAAGUCCCGCCGCUAUGGAUGAGCUUGUCGGAGCAGCCGAACGAUACCAGGAUGUCACUUCCGGCCGUUCCUCCUCAAAAGUGCCUCUGUCCGCGGAAACACUUAUGCCCAAGGUAGGAAACGGUAUCGGUAGUGACCAUGGAAGCCAAAAGAGCCGAUCAAACAGCAGUCGUGGCAGCGCCACCAAGACUGAAAAAGAAGCCCAGAAUAUGACCCUUACCAUGAACGGAAUGACCAUUGGUUUUGCUGAGGAAAGCCUUGCUGGCAAGUCCAUCAACAUUCGCACUGGGGACCGGGGAGCCGUGCAGUUUAACCUUACUGACGGCAGCUCGGCCGCCCGGCGACCAAAGUCCUACGUCAAUGGAUCCUCCUACUCUGAUAAUACGCAGGCGGGUGGCUCUAGCCGCCGAGUUCUGGAAGAUGGGCGACGUUCUACACGCGAUCGAGAAGAUCGACGAUCCGAAAGGUCUGUUCACCAGUCUAGCCGCCGGUCUAACCGGUCUAGCUACGGACAGUACCGGGAUUAA